AUGUCAUCCUGCGUGGCAUACGCUGGCACGGAAGCCUUCUCGGAUUUCAGAAGCCAAGCCCUAGCAGCAAGUAUUGGUGCAGCUGAUGUUAAAGCUCAAUGGUUUCACUAUGUUUGCCUCAGUCGAGAACCAAAAAGCACCGAAUCAGAAGUCCUGGAGAGACUCUUGAAUUAUGGAGUACCUGAGGAAACGUUUCGAAGCCCUGGUGUCGCUAGCAGAGAACAAGUAUUCUACGUGGUCCCCAGACUUGGAACCAUCUCACCAUGGAGCUCGAAAGCUACCAGCAUUGCUGUAGUGUGUGGUCUUGGCAACCUUGUUAAACGCAUCGAACGGGUCAUGAAAGUGUCUGUGUUUCUUACGCCAGAUCAGGUUCUCGAUGAGAAAACGGCUUUGGACUUUCUACAUGACCGGAUGACUCAAUCAAUAUCAGAAACUGAGCCCGAUACAAAUGCAAUGUUCCAGCCGUCCACUCCAGCACCCCUAAUUGAGUACGCCUGGUCUGAUGCUGAAGCAGCAACGCAGGUUCUUAAGGAUGCAAAUCGUGACCUGGGUCUUGCUCUGGACGCUUCUGAGAUUCAAUAUCUUGCUGAAGCAUACUCCAAACUAGGACGCGCUCCCACUGAUGUCGAAUUGUUCAUGUUCGCUCAAGUCAAUUCGGAGCACUGCCGCCACAAGCAAUUCAAUGCCAGCUGGAUCAUUGAUGGCCAGAAGAUGCCGAAUUCACUUUUUGGGAUGAUUCGGAAUACCCAUAAGGUUACACCAAAUGGGACUGUGAGCGCCUAUAGUGAUAACGCAGCUGUAUUGCAAGGUAAGGAGGCCAGCUUCUGGGCUCCAGACAAUUUGACUGGCCAGUGGGCACAGUCGCAAGAGUUAGUCCACUACCUUGCAAAGGUAGAGACCCAUAACCAUCCUACUGCUGUAUCGCCUUAUCCUGGAGCAGCCACUGGCUCGGGAGGAGAAAUUCGAGAUGAGGGAGCUGUAGGCAGAGGCUCAAAACCUAAGGCUGGGCUGACGGGGUUUUCUGUGUCCGACCUUCUCAUUCCAGGCAAUGUACAGCCUUGGGAGCUGGAUAUUGGUAAGCCUAACCAUAUAGCGAACAGUCGGAGCAUCAUAUUGGAGGCCCCUAUCGGAGCUGCUGCUUUUAAUAAUGAAUUUGGCCGUCCAUGCACCACCGGAUAUUUCAGGACACUUUUGACCGAGAUCGAUAUUGGUGGAGGAACAAAAGAAAUUAGAGGCUAUCACAAACCCAUUAUGAUCGCUGGCGGCGUAGGCACAGUUAGACCCCAGCACGCCAUCAAAAGGCCUGAUGUGGUGCAGCCUGGAUCUCAUCUUAUUGUGCUAGGUGGGCCGGCUAUGCUGAUUGGGCUCGGAGGCGGAGCAGCAUCAAGCCUUGCGUCAGGUGAAGCAUCUGUUGACCUUGAUUUUGCCAGCGUCCAACGAGGCAAUGCAGAGGUGCAGCGCCGCGCACAAGAAGUCAUAAACACUUGUACGGCUAUGGACGAGAGGAAUCCUAUCCAGUUCAUCCAUGAUGUUGGUGCGGGCGGCCUUUCAAACGCAUUGCCCGAGCUUGUUCAUGAUGCAGGUCUGGGUGCAAAAUUUGAAUUGCGAGAAAUAGAGAACGCCGACAAGGGAAUGAGCCCUAUGCAAAUCUGGUGCUGUGAGGCUCAGGAGCGAUAUGUUGUUGCUGUUGGAAAGGACGGACUGAACAAGUUUCGAUCAAUUGCUCACAGGGAGCGUUGUGGCUAUUCUGUUGUUGGCAAGGCCACCGGUUCAAUGCACACGGAAAAGCGUUUGAUUUUGACGGAUCGGAAUAGCAGAGACCAUCCGACGGCCAUUGAUCUGCCAAUGUCAAUUUUGUUUGGGAAGCCGCCGAGGAUGACCAAAGAAGCAGUGUCUCGACGCUUGACACUUCCGUCAUUCGACAACAGCUUGUCUGCUUACUUGCCAAAGCUCAGCGGGACAGACUUGUUGAGUGAAGCUGUCAAUAGGGUACUAAAAUUGCCGGCUGUCGGAUCCAAAUCAUUCUUGAUCACCAUAGGAGAUAGGACAGUUGGUGGCCUGACCGCAAGAGAUCAAAUGGUUGGUCCGUGGCAAGUUCCUGUGGCAGAUCUAUCAGUCACAGCAACCUCAUUGACUCAAGGGAUCAAGACCGGCGAAGCAAUGGCCAUGGGAGAGAAGCCUACGCUGGCUUUAAUUUCCCCUGCCGCAUCUGCAAGAAUGGCUGUUGCCGAGUCGUUGAUGAACACUGCUGCUGCAGAUCUUCCAGAGCGGCUGCAUGGGGUGAAGCUGUCUGCCAACUGGAUGUCAGCUAGUAGUCAUCCUGGAGAAGGAGCCGCAAUAUAUGAAGCUGUGGAGGCCAUAGGUAUGAAAUUGUGUCCUAGGCUUCAGAUCAGUAUACCGGUUGGCAAGGACUCCAUGUCCAUGAAAAUGAAAUGGAAGAACGAGAAGACUAAGGAGACCAAGGAGGUUACAGCACCAUUGUCGUUGAUCAUAUCUGCCUUUGCACCAGUUGAGAACAUCAAAAAGACAUGGACGCCCCAGCUUCGAAGAUUUGAGGAGGUCGGCGAAUCAAUACUAUUCUUUGUCGAUCUAGGCGUGGGUAGAAGAGCUCUUGGAGGAUCAGCACUGGCCCAAGUCUUCAAGCAGGUUGGAGAUGUCUGUCCUGACAUCCACGACGUGGACCUUCUCAAAGACUUCUUUGACGCCACUCAGCAACUCCAAGAAACAGGCAUUGUGCUCGCCUACCAUGAUCGCUCAGACGGCGGCCUGCUCACCACACUAGCAGAAAUGAUGUUCGCUGGUCGUUGCGGUGCCAAUAUAAUGCUUGAUGCUAUUUGUCCCUCUUCACAAACUCCUGACAUAAUCUCAACUCUCUUCAAUGAAGAACUCGGAGCAAUCUUUCAGGUGCGCAAACAUGAUGAAAAUGUCUUCAAGUCCUGCUUCUCCACCUGCGGCCCGCCACCGAACCUCCUCUAUAAAAUCGGCAUCGUACCCGAAUCCUCAGCGAAACAGGACCUCGUAAUCUACCACGGCGCCAAACUCAUCUACCGCGCUACACGUUCCGAGCUUCAGCAAACCUGGUCCUUCACCUCUCACCAAAUGCAACGCCUUCGAGACAAUCCAACCUGCGCCAAUGCCGAAUACGCCAACAUGACCAACGACGCCGACCCAGGCCUCAGCUACCGCCUUACCUUCUCCCCAAACGAAAAUAUACUCUCUUGGAAAUCCACCUUCCUCUCUCCCUUUCAGAACAGACCUCGCGUCGCCAUCCUCCGCGAACAAGGCAUCAACGGCCAAGCAGAAAUGGCCUAUGCCUUCCACAUCGCCGGCUUUGCAGCCAUAGACGUACACAUGACCGACAUCAUCGAAAAUCGCGUCUCGCUGUCCACUUUUGUCGGCUUAGCAGCCUGCGGCGGCUUCAGCUACGGCGACGUCCUCGGCGCAGGUCGCGGCUGGGCCAUGAGCGUCUUGCAGCAUCCUGGCACGAAAGCUGAAUUCAAGAAUUUCUUUGAGAGGGGGGAUACUUUCACAUUGGGUGUAUGCAAUGGAUGUCAGUUCCUCUCGUAUCUCAAAGAGAUCAUCCCCGGGACAAAAGACUGGCCCACGUUCACAACGAACGAAAGCGAGCAAUAUGAAGCUCGGUUCUGCAUGGUGAAAAUCUCAGAUCCCCCAGCUUCCCGGAAUAACCCAACCGUCUUCCUCCAUGGAAUGCACAACUCCUGCAUACCCAUCGCCGUUGCUCAUGGCGAAGGACGCGCUACAUUCCGUAACAGCAAUCCAAACGCUGCGAAGGAGCUGGUGAAGAACAACAUGGUGCCCCUGCGCUAUGUAGGGAAUGAUGAUUUCAAACCAACGCAAAGAUAUCCCUUCAAUCCGAAUGGCAGUCCAGAGGGCAUCGCUGGGGUGAGGAGUCAGGACGGGAGAGUUCUGGCCUUGAUGCCGCACCCGGAACGCACGAUCAUGAGUGGGAUUGCGAGUUGGAUUCCGGAUGGGAAGGCGGAGGAGUGGGGGACGGAGGGGCCUUGGGCGAGGAUCUUCCAGAGUGCGAGGAGGUGGGUAGGUUAG